CAAAAAUGGGCAAAUUCUCGUUGUUGGCGGCGCUGGGCGUCCUGGCGCUUUUGGCAGUGGCUACGCGUGCGAUGCGACUAACUGGUUCCUACUCGUUUAUAAGUCGUGAAUGGAUGCACGAGAUGCGUGUGAAGUGCCGAUACAACACUGGCUCAGAUGAGGCCUACAUUACUCUGGUGAAGGCGAUGAGGUCGGCGAUUAAAUGCGUGAAGACUUCGGUUGACUUGGAAAACUUCAUGUCGGACGUCGAUACGAUAUCCAACGCUACUCGCAACACAUUCUUCCCAAAGUACUGCCCACAACUGAAGAGAGCUGGUCCGUGUCUAGGCGAUGUGGUGAAGGCCACCAGACCCUGCAUGAACGAUAUCAUUUUCAAAAACGUACGGGCGGUGGCGAGCAUGUAUCCAGACGCGGUUGAUCUGGUUUGCAAAACCGAUGGAGAAAUAAUCUUCAAGCUGGCCGAGCCGAAAUACAAGGAAUGUGUCGAAAAACUGAGUGACAACGUGAAUGAGUGCUCGGUACCGUUUGCAGUCCUGAGAGAGAACUGGGACAUUUCAAACCUUACGGAAACUCAAAUGGGAACCUUCUCCGGAUUGAGACAGUGCAUGGAGGAUAAGCUGAACGAUUGCGAAGCCCCCGACCUAAUUGGCGUGUACGAUAUGUUCCACAGCACGCUGUUCCGCUUGGCUACGAGCUAUAAUGUACGUCCAUUCCUCGAACAGGUCUUUGUUUCUUCCGUAAAGUACAUGUCGAAACUGACGGAAAAUGAAAACAACACAGUCAACGAGAAGUAGUACCAGCGUGUGACGUUUCGAUUGCUGAUCAUAUCAAGUUUGGAAUUGUU